CUUAUUGUUCUUUUUGAAUGGAUGACCCAGGUACUUCGAGGAGAGGAUCUCGAGGAUCACCAGUCGGUACCGGCGGGUCUUCGCCUGGGGCGGCUCCAUGGGAGGUUCCGCCGCGCUGCUCUUUGCGAAUCUGGCAAACCGAGUUCAUGCCUUCAGCCCUCAGGUGGAUUUGGCUUACACCUGGCCAUCCUUCGCAUCGGCAUCCGUGCGUGAGCAGUUCCGGAGACGAGUGCAGGAUGCCACGCGUGGGCGGAAUGUGCAGCUGCAUGUCGGCGCUGAGAACCACACAGACAAUCGACAUGCUGCCGCGCUUCCCAACGCCGUGGUGCACUUUCAUGAAACUGCAAACCACAACACCAUGAAGCACCUGAAGCAGAGAGGCAAGCUGCUUGCACUGUUGAAGUUCGAGGUGGUUGACCUGCUUGUGGACUUGGAGAGUGCAAAGCUUGCGG